CCGAAGAGCCCCUUUCAGUUCAAAGUUGACGCGGGUAAAGCGUCUUUGACUUUCAGAUGUCUGGUCAGAGUGAUCUCGAUCGUCAAAUUGAACAAUUAAGGGCAUGUAAACUUAUUACGGAAGACGAAGUAAAAGCGCUGUGUGCAAAAGCAAGAGAGAUCCUUAUUGAAGAAAGCAAUGUGCAAUGUGUAGAUUCUCCGGUAACAGUAUGUGGUGAUAUUCAUGGACAGUUCUACGACCUAAUCGAAUUGUUCAAGGUUGGUGGAGAUGUACCGGACACCAACUAUCUCUUUCUCGGUGAUUUUGUUGACCGUGGAUAUCACAGCGUCGAAACAUUCCUUCUUCUCCUCGCGCUGAAGGUCAGGUAUCCAGACAGAAUCACACUCAUACGAGGCAACCACGAAAGUCGGCAGAUAACAAUGGUUUACGGAUUUUAUGAAGAAUGCUUGAGAAAGUACGGCUCAGCGAUGGUCUGGCGACAAUGCACUGAGAUAUUCGAUUAUCUAUGCCUUUCUGCCAUUAUCGACGGAAGGAUAUUUUGUGUUCAUGGAGGCCUAUCACCUACAAUUACAACAUUGGAUCAAAUCCGUACUAUUGAUCGUAAACAAGAAGUUCCACAUGAUGGUCCAAUGUGUGAUCUUUUAUGGUCAGAUCCAGAAGAGACUGCUGGUUGGGGAGUAAGCCCUAGAGGUGCCGGCUAUUUAUUUGGUUCUGAUGUUGUAGCUAAUUUUAAUCAAUUGAAUCGGAUCGAUUUUAUUUGUCGUGCACAUCAAUUAGUUAUGGAAGGUUAUCGUUGGCAUUUUCAUGAAAGUGUUCUUACUGUAUGGUCUGCUCCAAAUUAUUGUUAUCGUUGUGGUAAUGUUGCUGCUAUUCUACGUUUAAAUGAACGAUUAGAUAAAGAAUUUUCUAUAUUUGAAGCUGCACCACAGGAUGUUCGAAGUAUACCAGCUCGACGACCAAUACCAGACUAUUUCCUUUAAAGUAUAUAAAACAAAAAAACAUCUUAUUCACAAAAUAAUAAUAAUGACUGUUAUUAUUUCCCUUGUUUAUAAACCCUUUUUCAUCCCCCUCUGUCAACUUUUUUUUUUGUAAUUUUACUUCUAUUUAUCAAUGUGUUUUUAUAUAAAAUGUUUUCUUCCCCUCCCCUCCUCUCCCUAUCACCUUCCGUUCCCUUCCCACUCCACCCUUAAUACUACUCAACUAUUCCAAGAUUUAUGCAUUGUUUACAAAUUUUUUUUUGUUUUUUGAUACCCAAAGUAAAAACAAAUUGUAUUCUAUCAACAACAACAACAACAAAAAUUUUUUUUAAAUUAAGUGUGUGGAGGGAGUUUGUAUUUGUGUAUAAAAUAUCCAUUUGGAAUAAAGAAUAAGUUUUCUUUCAAGAAAAAAUAACGUAUAUAUAUAUAUAUAUAUACUAUUAUUGUUCAUUCGAUGUAAAUUAUACUGAAUAUGCAAAGUAUAAAUAAAAAAAAAGAAAUCAAUGUCUCAGGGAAUCAUCAUCUAUCUGUCUUUUUCUUCUUCUUGUUGUUGUUGUUGUCGUCAUGGUUUCAUGUUACCAUUGUGCAUUUCUUAAUUCAGCAACUAAUUUAAUAAAAUCACGAUGACUUGCAUAAAGUUGUAAAUCAGAACUAAUAUCUGUCCAACGUACAGCAUCUGCAUCAUCACCUAUUUGAUUAUGAUGUUGGAUAGUUAUUGUGGUGGUGGGGAGGAGAAUUGGUAAAUUUGUUUGUUUAUUAAUAAGUAGUAAUAAAAGUAAGUUGAAGGAAGGGGGG